AUGCAACCCCACAGAAAUAGAAACCUCUCAGAGAUGCCUCUGCAGGAGUUCGUGCUGGAGGGAUUUGAGGGAGGUCUGCAGACCCAGGCCCUGCUCUUCACCCUGUUCCUGGCCCUGUACAUAGUGGUCGUCCUGGGGAACCUCACCAUGAUCGUGGUCAUCACCCUGGAUGCCCGUCUGCACUCCCCAAUGUACUUCUUCCUCAAGAACCUCUCCUUCCUGGACUUGAGCUACACAUCUGUCAUUGUCCCCAAAGCACUGGCCAACUUCCUGUCCUCCUCCAAGGUCAUUACCUUUGCAGGAUGUGCCACCCAGUUAUUCUUCUUCGCCAUGAUGGGAACCACUGAGGCAUUCCUCUUGGCUGUGAUGGCCUAUGACCGCUUCAUGGCCAUCUGCAGCCCCCUGCGCUACCCCAUCUCCAUGCGCCCCUCAGUCUGUGCCCGCCUGGUGCUGGGCUCCUACUGUGGGGGCUGCCUCAACUCCAUCCUGCAGACCAGCUUCACAUUCAGCCUCCCGUUCUGCAGCUCCAACCACAUCGACCACUUCCUCUGUGAUGUGACCCCCCUGCUCCAGCUCACUUGUGCCAACACAGCCAUCAACAAGCUUGUCAUGUUUUCCAUGUGUGGCCUCAUCAUAGUGAGCACAACCCUUGUGGUCCUCUUCUCCUAUGGCUACAUCACAGUGACCAUCCUGAAGAUGGGUUUAGUAGCAGGGAGAGACAAGCUCUUCUCCACCUGUGGCUCCCACAUGACAGUUGUGUCCCUCUUUUAUGGGACUGUCUUUGUCAUAUAUGCCCAGCCGGGAGCUGUGGAGUCCAUGGAGCAGGGCAAGGUGGUCUCUGUCUUCUACACGCUGGUCAUCCCGAUGCUCAACCCCCUCAUCUACAGUCUGAGAAACAAGGACGUGAAGGAUGCCCUGCAGAGACUGAUCCAAAAGCACACAGCCAUUUGA